GCAAUCCCCAGGCUUAUGCCGCAUAGCCGCGACGUCGCCGCCCCGCGCCGCCGCCACCCGUUCCUCCUCCUCGACGAGUCGUCUGCGGCAAUGGCAGCCGCCGGUGCUGGAGUCGCUGCCGGUCCGGCGGCCCCGGCAUCGCGCCGUCGGAUGCUGCUUCUGAUGGCGAACUACGCGGCGCUGCUGCUGGGGUCGGUGGCGUCGAGCCUGCUGUCGAGGUUCUACUUCGCGCGCGGCGGCCGGAACCGGUGGGUGGUCACGCUCGUGCAGUCGGCGGGCUUCCCGCUCCUGGUCCUGGCCGUGCUGGUCACCGGCCGCCCCGCCGCCGCGCCGCGCCCGUUCCUGUGGUUCUCGCGGCGGUUCCUCGCGGUAUGCCUCGUCAUCGGCGCGCUCAUGGGCGCCAACAACCUGCUGUUCUCGUACAGCACGUCGUUCCUGCCCGUGUCGACGUCGUCGCUGCUGCUGUCCACGCAGCUCGCCUUCACGCUCGUGCUGGCCGCCAUCAUCGUCCGCCACCCGCUCACCUUCGUCAACCUCAAUGCCGUCAUCCUCCUGACGAUCAGCUCGGUGCUCCUCGCGCUCCGCGAAUCCGGCGAGAGCCCCGAGGGCGGCGGCCGGUCGCACUACCUGAUCGGCUACAUCGUCACGCUGGGCGCCGCGGGGCUGUUCGCCGCGUACCUGCCCGUCAUGGAGCUCCUGUACCGCGAGGCGGUGUCCGGCGGCUUCAUCCUGGCGGUGGAGGUGCAGGCGGUGAUGCAGGCCACGGCCUCGCUGGUGGCGGCGAUCGGUAUGGCGACGAAGGGUGGCCUGAACGGCGAACUGGCGCGCUGGAAGGGCUCCACCGCCCUGUACUGGGUCGUGGUGCUGACGCUGGUGCUGACGUGGCAGGCGUGCUUCAUGGGCACGGCGGGCGUGAUCUACCUGACGUCGUCGCUCCACAGCGGCGUGUGCAUGACAGCCGUGCUCGCCGCCAACGUGCUGGGCGGCGUGGUCGUCUUCGGCGACUCGUUCGGCGCCGAGAAGGGCAUCGCCACCGCGCUCUGCGCCUGGGGCCUCGCCUCCUACCUCUACGGCGAGUACACCAAGAAGAAGGACGCCGCCGCCGCCGCCGCCCUGUCCGCCGCCGACCUCGACGGCGUCCGAAAGAGCCUCACAGCUGGCGGUGACGCCGGAGGCGAACUAGAAACCGUCUGAAACAAACUUAGUGCCACCCGGGGGCACGGAUUCCAUGUGAUCCGGGAAGAAGCAAGAAUUGCAACGGAAAAGGGUGUAGUGCCCCCGGUAACAGCGUGGCAUUAGGGGCAGUAGUUGAGUCAUGUUACAUCGAUGGAUUAGGCAAAUGCAAGUAGAAGGGUGUAGAAGUAACCCGACUUGUAACUGAUGACCAGCGUUGAUGGCUGCUAGCUAGCUAGUGAGGUUUCUCUGGUUGAUCAGGAUUUAGUGUAGCAUGGAUGGGUGGAAUACAACAUGUAGUCUUGUAAACCUGCUGUACUUCAUCCUGAAUCGUUACCAUCAACAAUAGCUGAAGAUAUUAUAUUUUCACACC